UUCAUUACUUUUGUAUUCUACACUUGAACCGAGCUAGCUGUUCCCAGAUAUAUAGCUAGCCAUAACGAAAGCCUCGCUACUAGGUUUUUAUUCAUUUACUAGUAGUAUAUAUAACUGAGGUAAACUAGCUAUAACUAAAGCCUCACUACUAGGUUUUUAUUCAUAUGUACUGUAUGUAACUGAGGAGCUGCUUUGUUCUAGAUAGCAACCCUAUAUAUUGAGAAGCUGGAACCUGGUACUUGCUCAUCCAAUUGGAAACCACUUUGCAGUUAGUUUCUUGGUCAAACCGAUCUCUGUAAAUUAAGAGCUUUUACUCUCCUUCCCUAGCCCCUACCACAGUCCCCCAUCAUGGCAAGAAGUGCGGAACCACUUGUUGUUGGCAGAGUGAUAGGGGAUGUCCUAGAGUAUUUCACUCCCUCCAUAAAAAUGACUGUAAUCUAUAACAACAAGCAAGUUUGCAAUGGCCACGAACUCUUUCCGUCGGCCGUCAUCAGCAGGCCUAGAGUUGAGAUUCUUGGAGGAGAUAUGAGAAGUUUUUUCACAUUGGUCAUGACCGAUCCCGACGUUCCAGGCCCGAGUGAUCCUUAUCUGAGGGAGCACCUGCACUGGGUUGUGACAGAUAUUCCAGGCACAACCGAUGUUACAUUUGGAAGAGAAUUGGUAAGCUAUGAGAUCCCACGGCCGAACAUAGGGAUCCACAGGUUUGUGUUUGUUCUCUUCAAGCAGAAACGCAGGCAGACAGUUAACCCACCUCCUUCCCGGGAUCAGUUCAACACCCGAAAUUUCGCAACUGAAAAUGAUCUGGGCGAGCCUGUUGCUGCUGUCUUCUUCAAUGCCCAGCGAGAAACAGCAGCCAGGAGACGUUAAUUGACCCCUAUCGAACAACCCUAGUAAGCCCCAGAAGUCAAGAUAAGAGAAGAUAGGAGAAGAGUGUAUGUUUCUGUGUGUUUGUAGACUGUAGAGUCAGAAUGCAGUCAUCGUUAGGAUGGCAUGGUGGCUGUAAGCCCAUAAUAAGUAAGUUUCUCUCAAGUGUUUGUCCAAAUUCUCCAAAUGGAAUAUGAAUGGAGUGGGCCAAUCGGCAUCAGAGAAAAGAAUCCGCUCUCUUCUCUCUCU